CAUGGCUGAAACACGCCGUGGUUACAUAUUUGGUGCAUUCCUGUCAGGAGUUUUGUGUGUUCUAUUAAUUGUUGUGGCCAUCGCCAGCGAAGGAUGGGUGGUUUCAAGCGCAAGUACUACCGACCAGUACAAAGACAGUACAUUACAAUACGGUCUGUUCCAAGGGGAGUUGGUUCUGAAUCUGCUAGUGACACCAUCACACAACAAGCUCUAUAUGACAUGUGUAUCUGACGUGAACGCGUGCGCAGUUAGUUGCAAGACUGAGGCCCAAGCAAGAGAAGAAGAAGUGCGCGCUCUUUCCAAAGGCUACAGACCGAACCAGGCAUGUGUGUCUGUAACCACUGUCGAUACAAGCAAUCCACUUGAGACCCCACCAGUAAUAGCGUACAGUUUGUACAUAAGUCUGGUCACGUUGUUGAUCGCGCAUGUAGCCGUAGCCUCGUGUGCGGCGGGACUAGCUAUUCUCAAUGCGACCAAGAAUCCUACUGAACCUAUAUUUGGGUUGCCAGGAUGUUUAUGGAGCAAUGUGGCAGCGGCUAUCGUCGGUGUGACUUUCCUACUGUUCUUUGGUGUCUACUGGGCUGUGUCUGGUUGGAAUGACCACCUUGCCUUCUCUUAUACAGCACUGGGCUUGUUGAGGCCCUCACCACACCUUGGGUUUUCAUAUUGGCUGUUACUCGGGUCAUGUCUAUGCUCUCUGGGAAAUGUGGCCCUUCUCUGGACGCGCAGUUACUUACUUGAGCGAGAUCCACCACCACCUACCAUUAAGCUUGAAAAUCAUUCAGACGGAACUGUUUUCCUUUACUGAUUUAAAAUAAAUCAAUAACAAUUUACAGGCACAACUAUUUAUUCAUUUUAAAACGACAUCAAUUUUCCUGCAUUCGUUUCAAUCGUUUUACUACUUAACAUUUGCCAAGUUAAUAUUAUUAUUAUCCGUAGAGAAUUUUGUAUUUUGUUUCCAAUAUGUUAAAGUAAAGUAAGACUAAAGACCACUUUAUUCUAUUAUAAUAGUCCAUAUAAUCCUGUUUUGUAUUGUUUCACGAAUAUCGAAAUUUAAAUAAAGUCGUUAAAUAUUUAGGAAUACUCAAAGGAGGCAAUUUUAUACUAUUUAUUACGAUACAGAUCAUUAAAAUCAAAUAAUAAUUCGACAAUUGAGUUUUAAUUUUUAAUUUAAAUACGAUUUAUGAUUAGAAAUGACCUACAAGUAUAAAUAUCAAAUUUAUUAUAUUGUACGGGCCUAUCUUUACAGACAUUGAUAAUUCAGAAUUUAGGUCGCAUAUUUGCUGUGAUUUGUUCAUAUAUUUUAACAAUGAUUAAGUUGAUUUCUAAUAGAUUGGGACGUUUUUGAGUAUUUGUAAAUUAAUUAGGAUAUUUUAGUCAUGAAAACUAAUAAUAUAACUUCAAAAUCACUAUUAGCAGGAAAUAGUAUUAUAAAUAAAAUAAUGCAAUUUAAUAACCUUGUGAAUUUUUUAUUUCGUUUUAUUAAUAAAUUAGCGCAAUGAUAGCACGACAAUUAAGAUAUUAUUGCAUACUAUAUAAAGAGUUAAAAUAAAUUGUAAAGCAUACGUGUGGUUUUCAACGUUAAGUUCCUCCUAAGGACAAUGUAUGUAUUUGUUUUUAAUAAAAAAUGUAAAUAUAUUUAAGUUUA